AUGAGCCUCGCUAACCUCAACAGCUACGGUGAGUGUUUGCAGUGGGCGGCCGAUUAGAGGGCAUGAUGAUGUCAAGAAGGCAUCAAAGCGAUUGGCAGCAUCGCAUCGUGCUGGUGGUGGUAGACAGAGGGGACAAGGCAAAAGGGAUGCCAAUCGGAAUGCGGACCGCCGAAGUCGGCGCCACUCCACAAGUUGCGCAGGCUCACACGACUGCCUCCUCUCUCGUAUACUAGACCCCUUCGCCGAUACUGGCGAAGACCAGAUAAAACAAGUCGAUACAGAGGCCGCCGAGAAGAAAGCUGCUACCGCUGCAAAAGGUGCAGACAAGUACAUCCACAUUCGUAUUCAGCAGCGUAAUGGACGCAAGACUUUGACAACCCUUCAGGGCCUGCCAAAAGGUGAGCCAUGGCUUGGAAUACGCGGUCAAAGGCAUGUGGUGCAAGCUUUGGCAGCGACUCGAAGGAACGAAGACGGCUCUGCUCGGGUGACUACUAGCUGAAAGCGUGGUGCCAGCUAGCAUCGCGAUGGACCGGUGCUGUGGUCGUCCCACCUUUGCGCUUCGGUGGCGUCACCCCUGUAGGAUGUGGACUGGGGACGAAUUGGCCACUUUUGGCGAAUUGUUGCUCUUGCUGACACAAAAGACUCGCUUGAUCUACGAUUUGAUUAUGACCACAGAGUAUGACAGCAAGAAGCUGAUCAAAGCAUUCAAGAAAGAAUUCGCCUGCAACGGCACUCUGGUCGAUGACGAGGAGAUGGGACAAGUGAUCCAAUUGCAAGGAGAUCAACGUCAAAAGAUUGCAAGCUUCUUGAUCGAAGAGAUUUCCAUUCCUAAAGCCGACGUCAAAGUGCACGGUUUCUGA